AUGAAGCAUUUAGACUUAAUUCAGAUGGAACAAGUCUCUCCUAAUAGCAAGCAUCAAAACAGUGAAAAACCGGAAUUCGAAUCCGAAAAUGGAAAAAAGGAAUUCGUUGCCCCAUGUGUAGGAAUGGAAUUCGAAUCCUACGAUGACGCAUACAAUUACUACAAUUGUUAUGCUCGAGAAGCAGGAUUUCGCGUACGUGUAAAAAACUCAUGGUUUAAAAGAAAUUGCAGAGAAAAAUAUGGAGCAGUUUUAUGUUGUAGUAGUCAAGGCUUUAAAAGAAUAAAAGAUGUCAAUCGUUUAAGAAAAGAAACAAGAACAGGUUGUCCAGCAAUGGUCAGAAUGAGAUUAGUAGAUUCCAGAAGGUGGCGAAUUCUCGAAGUUACCCUCGAUCAUAACCAUUUACUUGCCACCAAAUCUUUCAAAUCCUUCAAGAAAACCGGCAUUUGUGGAACAAAAAAUACUAUUCAAUCAGAUUCCGAAGGGCAAACGCAAACAGUAAAAUUAUAUCGUGCGCUUGUGAUUGACUCCGGGGGUAAUAACGGAAUUUCACAUGAAACGGGUCGGGAAUUGGGAUCGGGCUCUGGGCCCGCAUCUGAUUUUCAUCCGGAUCGAUUGAAUUUAAAGAAAGGCGAUUCGCAAGCAAUUUAUAAUUACAUCUGUCGUAUGCAGUUGACAAACCCUAAUUUCUUUUACUUGAUGGAUGUUAACGACGAGGGGCGUUUAAGGAACAUGAUUUGGUUAGACGCCAGGUGUCGCGCUGCGAUUGGGUAUUUUUCCGAUGUGGUUUAUUUCGACACGAGUUACUUGUCGAGUAAGUACGAGGUCCCGCUCGUGACGUUUGUCGGAAUGAAUCAUCAUUGUCAAACGGUGUUACUAGGUUGUGGGUUGCUUUCGGGAGGGACAAAAGAGUCUUUUUCAUGGGUUUUGAAAGCAUGGUUGACUUUGACCACUACAUCAGGGCGGGUCCCACAAACAAUAGUGACGGACAGGUGUCGGGUUUUACAAAGUGUUGUUUCUGAGGUGUUCCCGAAAACCCACCACCGGUUUAGUCUAUUUCACAUCAUGAAGAAAGUUCCGGAAAAGUUAGGCGGGUUAAGAAACUACGAUGCUAUUAAAAAGAAAAAGCACAAAGAAGAAGCAAACGCUGACAUGGAAUCGAGAACCGUGUCCUCGGUUUUAAAAACGAGAUGUUCAUUUGAGUUGCAGUUAUCGAAGAUUUACACGAGGGAAAUUUUUAAGAAAUUUCAAGUGGAAGUUGAGGAGAUGUAUUCGUGUUUUAGUACCACACAAGUGCAUGUUGAUGGCGCGGUUGUAAUUUUUUUGGUGAAAGAGCGUGUUUUGGCGGAUGGAAGUCGGCGGGAGAUUAAGGAUUACGAGGUUUUGUAUAAUAGAGGACGCGGGAUAUUUUCCCUCCAAUCUCUCAUCGCCAUUUUUGCCCUCAUCAAGCUAAAGUUCAAGGCCUUUCUCACCGAUCAUGGAGUUCACCUUCUGGAGAAGAGAUUCCUUCAAGCCCUAGACAAAAUGGGGAAGACAUGCCAUCUUUACCUAACGAAAGAUCACGCUAUUUUCCUCCACAAUCUUCUCAACGGAGAUGGAAUCCAAUCAAUUGCUCAGUUCCGAAAAGAAGCCCUAUUCGAAGACUAUCGAAUCUCAAGCCAAAACGACGAUCGCAUCGCCUUCACCAUCGACCUCUCGCUCCUCCACCGGGCCCUCCGCAGCAUCGUCACCAUUUACACAGAAUUUGGAGGUUCCCACAGUUGCCCUACUCUCAAUCGCCUUCAAAUCAAGUUAGUAAAGAAACUCCCUCCUCAUUCACAGCAACCGAUGCCGUUUCUCACUUUCGAAACCAAGGGCUACAAAUCCGCUGUUAUCCAAGACGUUCCGAUCUCUAAACCGUUAUCCAGAUCUGAUGUUCUCGAACUCCAAGCCGCGCUAGACAUGGCGCAAGAUCUGCCUCAAACCCUAGUUCAAGUUCCUGACAUGAAUCAACUACAAAACUUUGUGGAUCGGAUGAAGAAUGUCGGUGAUGUGCUAAAUGUUUCCAUAAGCAAAUCCGGCGACCUCCAUUUGCAAAUCUCGACUACUUUGGUCACACUUGGAGCAGAGUUCAGGAAAUUGGUGGUCAUCGGAGAGCAGACGGCGGUUCCAGCCGGAGAUGAUAAUCUGAGUGCUCAGACACGUUCGCGGAGGGCAAUUGAGAGGGGGGAUGCGAUGAAUGUUCAAGUAAGCGUGAAACAUUUCUUCAAGUCUCUUCAAUGUCACUUGGCGAAACCAGAUUCUGCUUUCUACGGGAUUGGGGAACAGGGUUCUUGCUUGACAGUGGUGUUCCAGUUUUUUAUACCAGGUACGCGUCAAACAGAUAAAUCUAUCAGUCUUCAUUGUCGUCUUCCUGUGCUUGACCCUGGUACCAAUUAAGGCCUCCAAGGAAUAUUUACAAUAUACAUUAUUUUUAAGUUAUAUGCCUUGUUCUUAUGGUUUUGUUGGCUUUUCCUUGAAUUAGGUGAAUUGAGUGUUAGAC